AUUUUCAGCAUUUGUCUCUCACUUCAACAGCAGCCGUUCUCCCCUUUCCCUAGUUUUUCUCCUCUCCCAAAACCACCCCUCUUUUUCUAUUUUCGUUUGAAAAAAAAAAAAAAUUUCUCCAAGUUUUCUGUUGUGAUUUUUUUAUGUAUAUGUAUUUUUUUGCCUGAUGCAUGGUUUUGAUGUGAUUUUUUUUUUUUAAUCGUAUAACCAGUUGGAGCCUCUGAAUCUAGGUUUUUUAGAUUCAAACUCUCUCUCUCUCUCUCUCUCAAAAUUGGUUUCAAUUCUUUGCUUCGGUGAUUUUCUAGGGUUUCGAUUCUUUGUUCAAUUUUGCUAAAUUCGUUGAGUUUUAUUUGAGCUAAAUUAAAAUUAGGGUUCUGUUUUUUUUAGUUUUUGUUCAAAUUUUCAAUUUUCCCAAAUUUUUGUGUGUGAAAGUUUGAGUCUUUUUGUUGGUGAAACAAUGCCUCCACGGACUGUGAAGAGGGGUGCGGGAUCGGCGGGGCCGAAGAGGACGACGAGAGGCAGAAGAAGAGCCCAAAAGGCUCAGGAUCCGCCACCGGAUGAGGUGGCUGUUGUUGCGGCGGCGGCGGCGGUUGUCGAGGCAAAAGAGGCUUUGAAGGUUGAGGAGGAGGUUCCGGCUCCGGUGGUUGAGGAAGUUAAGGUUGAGGAGAAGCCGGUUGUGGUUGUGGAGCCUGAACCUAAGGCGAAACUUGUAGCUAAUGGAUCGGGUCCUGUGAAAAAUCACACAAAAUGGGUAGGCGCUUUUCACAAAAAGCAGGAUUUCAUUGAUGUAGUAGAGCUUAGAGGCGAUACCAAGCAGUCAGUUGGCUUGAGAGUUUGGUGGGUCCGCUGGACAUAUCGAAGCAGCCAUCAGAGAGGGAGUUCAUUUCUUGCUUGAGAAAUGGUUUGGUCUUAUGCAAUGCCAUCAACAAGAUUAACCCAGGAGCAGUGCCCAAGGUUGUGGAGAAUCUGUCACAUUUACAAUCGGUCCCCUGGGAAUCGCAGCCACUGCCUGCCUAUCAGUACUUUGAGAAUGUCCGGAACUUUUUGGUGGCUGUUGAAGAGCUGAAGUUGCCUGGCUUUGAAGCUUGAUCUGCCCAACCCACCACCUUCUCUGACCGCUGCAGCCUCCAGCCUCUAUCCCGAUCUGCCCUUUCAAGUUAGGGUUCUCCACUCUCUAGAUCACACAAAUGUACUCAAAUUUUGUUCCUGGUAAGGCCUUAUUCAAAUACAGAAACACAGAAUCUACUGUUAUUAGAAUUGUAUUUUUUUUGUUUUACGUGUGUUUCAUGGCUGAUACUUAUAUAUGUAAAGUGCUUUGGGUGGGGGAGCCAAACUCAAUGCACUCUGUGCUACUGUUUGGAGGUUGAUUUAGGUAGCAAUAUGCUUAUGUCCAUUUACUUGUUCUUGUAUUGGGCCAUUAAUUGGCAUCAUUUUUCUGUGGCAUCAAAUGUUUAUCAAAGCCUCAAAUUGAUGAAGCAUUCAACGAGUGAAGAGAAAUUGAUGA